AUGUUUUUAAAAAAAAUCGUGAAGUUGGUGCUUCCAAGCCCUCAACGGGUGAUGCAGCCAACAACUCCAUUGUUCCUUCAAAGGUUUAGCAACAAUGCUCCAGAAUCUAAAGAACUACAACGUCUCACGUCCUUUGAAAAUGUUGAAAAUAAGAACAGAGAUACAUACCUAGAUAUGAUUCGCAUUUUUAUAAAUAGGAACCACGUCUAUCGCAGAGGUCAUGUGGAAUUCAUUUACUCCGCUCUAAAAAAUAUGGAAAGUUUUGGAGUACAAAAAGACUUAGAAGUGUACAAAGCUCUUAUUGACGUUUUACCGAAGGGGAAAUUUAUUCCAACGAACGUUUUCCAGGCCGAGUUUAUGCAUUAUCCAAAACAGCAACAAUGCGUAAUCGAUUUACUCGAACAAAUGGAAGACAAUGGAGUCAUGCCAGAUUACGAAAUGGAAGAUUUAUUGUCAAAUAUUUUCGGAAAUAGAGGGUUUCCGUUACGUAAAUACUGGCGAAUGAUGUAUUGGAUGCCGAAAUUCAAGAAUUCGUCACCUUGGCCUGUACCCAGCCCCCUGCCAGACAACAUAUACGAAUUAGCAAAAUACGCGAUCCAACGUAUUAGCAGCGUUGAUGUUCAGUCACAAAUUACGGUGUAUGAAACUAAAGAAAUAGAGAGUUCAAUAGAUGAUACUUGGAUCGUCAGCGCACAAGCACCUAGUCAAAAAGGUUUAUUAAAAAAUCACGAUUUAAAAGAACCACUGUAUGUUGAAGGUAGUUUUAGAAUUUGGGUUAAAGAUCAGCUAGUUAAUUAUUUCGUUUUGAAAAGACAACCCAAGCAACAUAUUAAAACCAUCAAAGACGACUUAGAUGAUGUUAGUAAUAUCAGAACACCCAUAUUUAGUUUUCAAAAACCAAUAGAAAAACAAGUGCAAGUAAUGCAGUCUGUUCAUGAACAGGAGGAUGGGGUGAUUUUAGCAGUGUGUGCUACUGGAACGUCAACUAAGGACUCGUUAUUAUCGUGGAUUCGUCAUCUAGAGAAAGAUGGAAAUCCUGUAUUAUCUGAUGCUCUAGUAGUGUUUACACUACGAACUGGAACUCGCGAAGUUGCAACUGUAAAUAAUGUUGAGCAAAAACAAAUAGAAAGUAAAUAAUGAAGUAAUUCUAUAAGAAUAAGUUUGUUAAUUAAAAGUAAUUUUAUUAGUA